AUGGCGCAAGACGCAAUCCCAGAAGUCAUCCUCCAACAACCACCAGACGACGCCCCAGCAGACACCGCAACAACACAGAAAAGCACACUUACCGUUCCCCCCGGAGGCCCGAGUUUCGCAGCGGUGUAUACCAACUCCCCGUCGUGGAUGUCGACGUAUACUUCCUCGACGUGCGCGACGACGUAUACCACCACUCACGAACGUUCCCGCAGAGACGGACUCGGCAGCGGGGAGAAGGACGCCGGGGACGGGUGGCUGGACGUCAGGAGGCGGAGGAGGCCGAGGCCGCCUUAUCCUAGACGUCCGAGGACCGUUGGGCGAUGGGAUCAGGAGGGAAGGUCGUCGGUGGCUGCGGUGACGUCGUCGAUGAUGAGGUCUAGAUGGGGCGAGGAGACGGUGGAGGGGUGGGACGAGGGUGAGAUGGAGAGCGGGAGCUAUUGUGUUGUUGAGGGGGCGCGGUGGGAGGAGCAGAGGUUCAUCACGUCCAGGAGGCAAGCGAAGGCGGUGGGGACGGGGAUGGGGAAGAGCGGCAUGAAGGGCAAGCUGAUGUAG